AUGGCGCGAAGCUUCCGACAAUCGUCGUCAAUGUCGACGCUGGUGUUCUUGUCACUGCUGGUCCUAUCCUCCUCGACGGACGCGUUGAGGCCGUUUGACAGAUUGCGGCCAAGUGCAGGCGAGAGGCAACGAGCGACAACCACGGUCAAGGGAGAGCCGCUGAAGACAGUCUACAUCGUCCGCUUCCGCGCCAUGCCCCCCGCCGCCACGUACACCGGCGGAAUUCUCGGCUUCCCCGCAACCGCCGCGCCGCUAGACGGCGAAUCCGACGACGGGCUCAUCGCCACGGCGGCUUCCGCGGGGUCGGCGGAAGCCAGCGGGUUGCGACGCGCGUUCGACGCGUCGCAGCCGCACGUGCGCGCGUACGCGGCGCACCUGGUGCGCAUGCACAGCGCGGUGCUGGCGGAAGCGGGGGUCGACAGCAGCGCGCACGUUUACAGUUACACGACCGCUCUGAACGGCGUAGCAGCAACGCUCACUCCGCAACAAGUGGCGAUUCUCAAGAGACGACCAGAAGUGGGGUCCGUAAGAGAGGCGCCCAAGUACGAGCUGCACACCACCUUCACGCCCACGUUUCUGAACCUGCGCAAGCGCGUGUGGAGCAACGAGACGCUCCAGAACGGGCAGAAGGGCGCGGGGCAGCAAGGGGAGGACGUGAUUAUUGGCGUGAUCGACACGGGGAUAUGGCGGGAAAACCCUGCUUUUAGUGACGAUGUCAACCCCCCCUACGGCCCAGUGCCAGCGCAGUGGAAGGGGUCGUGCAUGACGUCAGCAGACUUCCCCAGCUGCAGCCGCAAGCUGAUUGGCGCGCGGGGGUUCUUCCAGGGGCUCAAGGCGUCGGGAUAUACCAUGGACUGGACGAUAGACUAUAAAUCUGCAAGAGACGUGGCUGGGCAUGGGACUCACACGACCAGCACGGCGGGCGGCAACAGUGGUGUGGCAGUGAAGCUGAAUGGCGUCUCGUUUGGGACAGCCAGUGGCAUGGCGCCACGUGCACGCGUGGCCAUGUAUAAGGUAUUCUGGGCGACGGAGGAGAAUGGGAGGGACAACUGUGACGGGUCGGACAUUCUCAAGGCAGUUGACGCAGCCGUGGCGGAUGGGGUGGACGUGAUCAGCCUGUCCGUGGGCCGCCAGGCGCCUCUGUUCUUUGAUGAUGAUGAGAUUAUCUACCUCAAUGCCGCCAGGGCAGGGGUGCUGGCGUCAGUGUCAGCAGGCAACAGCGGCCCCACCACGAUUGGAGGCGCCUUCUUCCGCAGCAUCGGGCACCCGUCCCCCUGGAUGAUCACCGUUGCUGCCAGCUCCCAUGGGCGCAACUACAUGACAGAUAUCACCGUCAACGGGGAGAAGUUUUCAGGGCGAUCGAUGGUGGGGACGGGCGAGGGGGAGCUGAUUUUGGGGAGGAACGGAGUGAAGGCUGGAGGGAACUCUUGGAUGGCGGGUGUGUGUGCGUCAGGCACCCUCGACCCAGCCAAGGUCUCUGGCAAGAUCGUGGUGUGUCGGCGCAUAUCCCAGUUUGGAGGGUGGAGUUCCGAGGAUAUCCUCCCUAUUAGCAUCACCGUUAAGAAGGCUGGCGCUGCUGGUGUGAUCAUAUACAACGCGGAUAAGGCGGACCGGGUGGUGGCUGUGCUUCACCCAAUCCCAGCCUGCCACCUGGACCGGUACACUGGCAAGCGGCUCGUGAAGCUUCUGGGAAACUCUACAGGGGUAAAGGCCACCAUAUCAGCCUCAUACGUGAAGCAGCUGCCAGCACCCACCAUCACGUCCUUCUCCUCCACGGGGCCCAACGUGGACCCCGUGCUGGACGCCAGGGAGGGCGGCAAGUACUCGUUCGGGUACAACGACAUCUUAAAGCCCGACAUCACCGCGCCGGGGCUCGAGGUGUGGGCCGGGUGGACGCAGUCACCCUUCCAGGAGCCCUAUGGGAUUGCUUCAGGCGUGGUCCCUGCAGCUUCCAUGUCACACCUCAUGAUCAGCGGCACAUCCAUGUCCUGCCCACACAUCUCCGGCCUAGCUGCAAUCAUCAAGGGGAAGUACCCCAACUGGUCGCCUUUUGCCCUCAAAUCCGCGCUCAUGACCACGGCGUACACCCUAAACAACCGCAACAAGCCCAUAUACUCGGCCGGGCAGCUACGAGCAGCAGACCCCUUUGACUACGGCACGGGCCAUGUGGACACGUUUAAAGCCCUGGACCCAGGGCUAGUGUACGACUCUACAGUGCUGGAGAAUGUGAAGUUUCUUAUAGCGGUGGAUUCAGUGGAUGUAAAGCAGACCUCCGCAUAUUGGGCAGUUUCGAAGGAUAAAAGGACUCCUCUUGCCCACCCGUAUGAUUUGAACCAGCCAAAUAUUGCUCCGCCGAGGUCGCCGUCGAAGCCGCCCGAUGCGGCAGCGAAGUUCCUCGCGCACUCGCGGAGCAUGCCGCCUUUCCGCAACCCCGCGGCCGCUGGCGGGGCGGGCGCAGGCGGAGGCGGAGCGGGAGGCCUCGCUUCCCCGCUCCCCACGGCUCUCUCGUCCUCCUCCUCCGCCUCCGCUACCCCGAUAUUUAACGACGAGCCGACUAGCGACAUUCACAUCGAGAUCUUAAACCGUAAAGGGGAGCUACACGCUGUUCUCAAUCUCCACACCUCCGUGCUCCGCGAGCAGAGCGACUACUUCUUCAACGCGCUCGCGAAGCGCGCCGUGCGCGACCCGAUCCAGGGCGCGACGAUCUCGCACGACGCCGCGGGGACCACCUUCACGAUCCAGGCCAGCGGGCACGUGGCAGACCCCGACGCUUACGUCUCAACCUUCCGCAUGUUUUACCUAGAAGAAGAGGAGCUUCCCGAUGAGAUCCAGUGCUUAGGCUCCGUGUGGCGCGUUCUCGAAACCCUAGUAGUUUCGUCAGAGCUGCAGUUUCACAUGUGCACGAGCGCGUGCGUGGAUUAUCUCGAAUCUGUACCGUGGAACGACGAUGAGCUGGAGGAGAUCCUACGGCUGGUAUCGCAGCUGGAGCAUCUGCAGGACGCGCGGCCGAUCCUGGACCGUCUGCCGGUGCGCACGUGGGAUGAGGAGAGCAUCUCCGACGCGCUUCGGAUCCUGCUCAUCCGCGCCGUCGCGUUUCACGACAGCCGCCAGGGCGAGGGGAAGGCGGAGGGGGAAGAGUCCGCGGGGAGGGGGGCGGCGGGGGCGGGAAGGGGCGGCGGAAAGGCGGCAGAGGUGGCUCCGGGGACGAUCGAGUGCCGAGAGGCGGCGAGCGCGAUUCUGCGGAACCGCCAUGAGCCGACGCUUAGUCUUAAGACCAAGAAGGCUGUUCUUAGAGAAACGUUUGUCGAUCUCCUACAGUGUCUUUGGUCGGAGCAGCGGGAGUUAAAGCGCAGAAACUCGUCGUGCACGCGCGCCGCCGCGGCUGCUAUGGCGGGAGCUGGAGCGGGCGGGGGCGCGGGAGGCGGAGCGCCGAGCCCGUCCCCGCGCACCCCUAGAGACGCUCCGCUUCCUGUCCCCGCCACGUCCCCCGCAGGGGCGCGCGGGGAAGCCUCCCCCGCCGCGCAGCAUGACGCCCCCGCGCCGUCCCCGCGCCCGCGGGGGGAGGAGCAGGCAGGCGGGGCCGGGGGGGGCUGA